AUGAUUCGAUCACGAAUCUCUCAUAGCAAAGAUGAGCAAAUUAUUAUUGAAUUUGAUGAUACAACUCGUGCAUGGAAUGAUUGGAAACAUGGAAAUAUAAUUCAUAAAUCACCUGUUCAUGAACGAUAUAUUAUGUCGUUAUCAGAAUGUACGAAAAUGUAUAUGACACAUAAUAAUUCACUCGAAAAUUCUGAUCAAUCAAUAUCAACAGAAUCUAUUGAGAUACCAUCUCUUAUUAAAAUUAAACCUGAAAUACAAUUAAAUUGUUAUAUAUGUCAUAGCUAUCAAAAUCAACUGUAUGCAUGUCGUAUAUGUGGAAACGUCUAUCAUCAACAAUGUAUUAAAGAUAUUGGAAAUAUUAAAUCUUAUCAUCUAAUUAAAAAUGCUACUAAUUUAAUAGGAUGGAGUUGUCCUAUAUGUGAAGAUCUUCGAACACUUCUAUCAACAGAAGAAUUAGCUGAAACAAAUGAAUGGAUAAAAUCAUUUGGUACACAAACUAUUUUUAAUCUUGAUAAUUAUAUAAAUACUCGUACAAAAUUAACUUCAUCAAAUGAGUUGAAUAAUCAUAUGAAAAAUACAUUACAAAUAUUUCUUCAUACAAUUGCUGAUAUAACAUCAAAUCGAUUAUCUCAAAUAGAUUUAUUAAAUAUUGAUAUUAGUUUGAAAAUUCUUCGUAUACCAUCAAAAUUUCUUGUUAAUUCAUUAACAUCAUUUGAACUUUAUCGUCUCAGUCAACUUUUUCUUUCAUUAUCAUCAAUAGAUAAUCCAUCGAUUACACAGAAUAAAUUUCAUCAAAUUUUCAAUAAUUAUUUUUUAACAACAAUGCCUGAAUUAAAUUCCGAUGAAAAACAUUUACAUUUGAAUGCAUUAGCGUAUUGUAUAUUAGGUAAUACGAUGAAAUUUGAUCGAACAUGGAAUCAAUUUAUUCUCGACGUUACUAUUCCGACAUUACUUGGAAGAUAUAAUCAUCGAGCACCAUCCGAUUUUAUUAAUCGAAUUAUUUCAAUUAAAUAUUCAACUGCGGAUUUUAAAGAAUAUGAAAAUAGACAAUCAUUAUCUAUACUGAUGAAUAAUAUUCUACAAAAACUAACAUAA